AUGGCUUCCGCUGCUGUCAUGGCAUCUUCUUCGGCGCUACCUGCCGCACGUCCUCCACCGCCGGAUAUGGACCUGGACGAUGACCUUCCCGACAACGCCUUUACUUCGAUCGACGAGAGAGCCAUCGAGGUGCGCGACUCGUCCGACCCCAUGUCGAUGCUCAGCUUCUAUCGUCGUCUCUUCCCGUGGAAGCAGCUCUUCUCCUGGCUCAAUCACGAUCUGCCCCAUAUGGCUGCCACCAAAUGCUUCACCCACCGCGAGUUUGCCUUUACGCUGCAGAACGAGGCGUACCUUCGCUACAACUCGUUCUCCACCGCUGAAGAGCUAAAGAAGGAGGUCUGCCGUCUCAACCCGGCGCGUUUCGAGAUCGGUCCUGUCUACACCGCCAAGCCCAAGGACCGAAAGACGGUGCAAAAGGCGUCGUUCAAGCCGGUGCAGCGCGAGCUCGUGUUCGAUAUCGACAUGACCGACUACGACGAGGUGCGAACGUGCUGUUCGGGUAAAGGUAUCUGCAAGCGCUGCUGGGCGUUCAUUGCCGUGGCGGUGCAGGUGCUCGACGAGGCACUGAGGCAAGACUUUGGGUUCAACCAUCUACUCUGGGUCUACUCGGGUCGUCGUGGUAUCCACUGCUGGAUCUCGGAUAAGGAGGCCUUCCAAUUAGCCGACGAUGCGCGCAAAGCCAUCGUUGGCUGGCUCGAGGUGAUCAAGGGCGGCGCCAACCAAGUGAAGAAGGUCGAUGCUGGCUGGAUGGGCAGUGCUGGCGGCAGAUCCCUGCAUCCGAGCUUGCGACGCGCCAUCGGAGGAGAGGGCAGCGAGAGUGGACCUCUCAAGCUCGCCUUUGUCGACACGGUGCUCAAGGAUCAAGACUGCUUCCGCUCCGCCGACCAAUGGAACGUGCUGCUCCAGCUUCUCCCCUCGUCCGAGACGGAAGCCAUCGAGAAGCUGCGCUCCAAAUGGGAACGGUCCUCGAACCGAUCCAGUCUGGACAAAUGGCAGGACGUCAUGGAAUGUGCCCAGCGAGCGGGCGAGUACAAGAGCGAGCGCAUCUGGCGUCCCUGUCUCGAAGACAUUAUCCUCCAGUACACGUAUCCACGCAUCGACGCCGAGGUGUCCAAGCACCUCAAUCACUUGCUCAAGUCGCCCUUUGUCGUUCACCCGGCCACGGGCAGGGUGUGUGUUCCGCUCGAGCCUUCCAAGGUGUUUGACUUUGACCCGGAAGAUGGCUGCCCCACGGUAGCGCAGCUGCUCCGCGAGCUCAACGCGUACGAGGCGACACACAAGAGUGCUUCGCCAGCGGUCAAGAGCAACUACAAGAACGAAGUCGCAGCAGGGUCCAACGACGGCGCCACGGUCAAGCAGGAUUGGGAAAAGACGAGCCUGCGUCCCUUUGUGCAGCUGUUCGAAAAGCACUGCAACGCCAUCUCCAAAGAGACGCGCGCAGCGAGGAGGGCGCAGCAGCAACUGAACGCUACCGACUUUUAA